AUGGCGUUUCUACCUCGACGACCAUCACCCUUUCCGACCGCAGAUUUACAAGUCGCACAGGAACCGACGCGUUCGAGCUUCGGUGUGCAGCAAUCUGCCGAGCAAAAUGAUACUGGAGCAGACAAUCCUCUCGGCUCCUCCUCGGUCUACAGCGAACAGGCAACGCCAAGGCUUUCCUCCAAGCGGCGUUCGCUCUCGGAUGCUGGAAGCUCUUUCUCGACGUCUCCGAAGCUCCAGGAGACGUUGAGAUCGUUCAAGGAUGAUCAAACAAUCAAACCAACCCCCGGCACGCCUUCUCGCUCAGUUGCCCAUGGUUUGUCAUUGCAGCUACCGCGUAGGGACAUUACUGGCUUAAAUGCUACCAACCUCAUAAACAAAGUACCUCUAUCGCCAAAAUUGGACGCAUCGAACUCAUAUGGGGUUCCCGCGUCAACAUUACCUCGCCGCUCCCGAGGUCUUGAUUUCUCACGAGCUUGCACGAACCUUCAUCACUCGACGUUGGCAGAACAGUCUUCGCCAGAUUCUUCUCCAACCAUGGCGGGAAAGGGCAUGAUGAUUCCCUCCCGCAAGGGACUUCAUCAUACGCAACGUGCUCAUGACUCGCCUAGCAAUGGUUCAACAUCUCACUGGUCGACCAUUUCGCAUUCGGAAAGAAAGGGAAUUCCAAGUUCCGUGGGUAGCGUCAACAUGCUGGACUCUGAUCCCUCAAGCAGCUCGUCGGAUGAGGACGACUUUGUGGACUUGGACGACGCCGAAGAUACGACAUAUGCCGCUUCUCGGCCAUCAAAUGUCGGUGGCAGCAUCAAUUCUUUGAAUGGAUAUCAAAUUCCUCCAAUUCCGAGCGGUUUAGGCAAUGAUAUCCUUGGAAGCCGCUCGCCUAUGGCAGCAAAUUUCAUGAGUUUUCAGCGAGCCCGCUUAAGGAGUCGUAAAGGUUCAAGCAGUGCAAAUAGUAUAUUGGGCAGCCCAAGCCCGAGGUCGCCUUCUCUUGUCAGAAGCAUCGAGACUGUUAACGGUGGUUAUUUUGCAAAAGAUCUCGCAAGGAAGGACAUUGAAGCCCGGAGAGAAAGCCUGAGCCUGGGAACAAAAGACCUACAUAUCUCUUCGGGAGGCGAAAGUGACGAGUGUAUGCGUUCUGUCGGCGCGAAUGAUGGAGUGACCCCAGCAGCACUCGGAAAGGACGAGAGACGAGGCGUUAUCAAGCGAACUGUCACUCGAAGAGGCAGCUUACUGCCAAAAACAAAAACGUUUGCACGAGUGCGUGCUGCUUUAUUGGAAGAGGGUGCACCAGUGGAUAGCGAUGUCCGACGUGAAGCCGAAGUGGUACGACAAGUACGAGAAAGCGAACCGGAUUUGGAACCUUCCUUUCAUACAUCUCAGUCGAGUGACGCCGCUCGAGACGUAUCGCCGUCUCUUUUGCCAGUUGUUCCUGGCUUCCAUGACUUGCUCGAAGACAUACCGGAAGAUAAUAAUAUGAACAGUGAGGCGACUACCAGUACAAUUGAUCCUAAUGCUCGCGGGAGCUUUUCAAGGCAAGCCAUGAAAAACUCAGGCGGCUUGGAGUUCUGGAAUUCGUUUGACGAGCGAAUGCACACGCCCCCGCCUCCGUCUUUUCCUCGAGGAGCUUCCUCGGGUGCUAGCGAAGAUGUCAAUAUGGACUCUCCCUCUGUCUCUACUCCACCCUCAUCUUCCAUUCUUGCGUCAGCUGUUGCCCAAAUGAAGCAAUCAUCGCGUGCUUCAACGCCACAGCCUUUUGGGAAUCCGUCAAUCACCGAAGUUCCACGGAAGGCCAACAAGAGAGCUCGAGAUGACGAACUUGACUCCACUUCUUUAAAGCGCAGAGCUGUUUCCCCUGGAAUGAGCGUUCAGAACAGCCCAAUCCUGACACAAUCGCCGGCUCAGAAAGAUAGCUCAUGGUGGGGCUUGGCAAGAGCCAAUCGUGAGCCAACUCCAGCUUCAAGUAUAGGGGCUGCUCCUGGCGAAAGAGCAAAUAGCGGCAGCAGUGCCAGCAGUGGUGUUACUGCCACAUCUAUGAAGCGAGUUGGAUUGCAAGGGAUGAAUGACACCAACGAUGGUAUCAUGAAGAUGAGCAUUGAAUGA